GUUUUCCCAAGGAAUGAUCCCUCGAAUGAAAAUGCCAUCCUCCUAUACAUCCUAUCCUACCCAAUCCAGUGGAUUGCUAAUGGACAACCAGUACGCCACUGGCAUACAUAACAACUCACUCACUCACUCACUAGCCGUCUGCAGUCUGCUACACUGGGAAUGGGAAGGGAACCAAUGCAACUGCAUGCGCACCUACCUACCGGUGGUUGACAAGGAGCUAUCAAAACCCAUCCAUGGUGGUGGCUGCUGGGGUCGGCGCCACAUCCAUCCAUCCAAAUGAUCCAUGCAUCUUCUCCUCCUCGACCUGACGAAUUGGAUCAUCUGCGCCGCCGCUGCGCCUUUCAGUCUCAGUCAGCCCACUCACUCACUCACGGCCACCGGAGAAGAACCAGCCGACGGGCCGGCCGGCCACCGGAAGAAGCAGAAGCAGCUAGCAUUAAUGCCGACGCUACGGCGGCGCAACCCUGAAUUGGCCGUGAAGGCGCUGGAGGGGAUCGUCUCAGCCAACACCUUCUUCACGGUGGCCGUCUUCAUCGGCAUCACGGGCACCAUCACGCCGUCCUCCACCAUCCCUCCGUCCUGCGUCGCAGGCGACGACAUCGCGCGCAACUUCUUCCUGUUCGAGAUCCUCUCCUUCGGCUUCUACCUCCUGUCCAGCCUGGUGGCGCAAGGGAUGAAGCUGACCAUCACGCUGCUAGCCUCCGACGACUUCUACGGCGACAGCGACAAGCCUCCGCCCGACGACUGCGAGGAGAUGCCGGCGUGGCGCGCCGCGGCGCCACGGGAGAGGCGCCGCGCCGUGCUCAGGUUCGCGCAGCCCAUGAUGCUGCUCGCCGCUGGGUGCUCCAUCAUGGGCACCUUCUUCUUGCUCCUGUCCAUGGUCGACGCCAUCCAGCUCAAGUUCGGCAUCCUCUCCUGUGGCAUCCCGCUCGCCGUCGGCGCCACCUUCGCGCUCUCCGCGCUCGUCGUCGGUGGCCUGCUCUUCUAUGGAUCUACCGUCGCAUACGCCCUCACGCAUUACCUGCCCUGAUAGUGAAUACUCCUCUCUAGGCCGGCCUCUCUGCUACUUAGUUUCAUUUUUGUCUUUUUUUUUUUCUCUCUCUCUCUCUCUCUCUUUUUCUUUCACUUUUUGUUACAGGCCAGCAGUGAGUAAUUAUUAACAGUGGAUUUUGGAAAUGAAGUGUAAGUACCUCCAAUCCAAGAACAAGGUAUAUAUACAUAUACACAUGCUUCAUGCUUGCAUCUAAAGGAUUAAAACGACAAUAAUGGCAUUGCUUCUCAGUGGCAAGGUUGUUGUUACCAACAUAAUUUUGCAUGACUAGAGAGUGUAUUAGGUUCCAAACUGAAUCGCGUUAGUAUCCAGAUCAUUGUCUCUUUGUGUUAUGAGGAACUCGGUGCAACAUCUGUUCUCUAGUUUUAUUUGCUUCCAUGUAAACAAUUGGCCGAUAGGUUCAGGCCAUAGCAUUUGAACUUGAAAGCAUCUAGAACCUAAAAUGCAGUUACAACAGUUACUUUUUUUCCCUUUCCCAACACCUUACACAGUUAUAACUUUUGAAAUUCAGCAGAUAGUAGCAAAGGGUACAAAUUCUUCAUUUAUAGUCACCAAGCAUACACGUAGGGCCUACUUGGGACUAAUCCGCUCCACGUUUUUUCAGUUCCGCUCCAUAUUUUUCAGACAAGUAGUUGCAGCUCUACAAAACUAUGCUCCAGAAAAUUUACCUGCCCUGAAUACAGUCUCUCAGCCUCUGCUCUAGAUUGCUGCUCACCUAAUCCUCGUUAGCUUCUUUUAUUUUGUUUCUUUUCUCUCUUUUUCUUUCACUUUUUGUUACAGGCCAGCAG